GAACAGGAAGCGGGGACAGAGCUGGGCCUAGCGGCGCUUCCGCGGCCUCCGCUCCGGUCACCGGGCGCGGCCUCGCAGCGGACCCGGCACCCCCGGAGGGGACCUGUCAGCCCCCGGCCCGGGGUCGGGUGGGAUGGAGCUGGACGGGCUGCUGCUGGACGAGGAGGGCACCUUCUCCCUCGGCGGGUUCCAGGAGUUCACGUUCCUGCCCAGGCACCAGCAGCUGAGCGAGAGAGUGCGGAAGCGGCUCUAUUAUGGCCGGGAUAAAGACUGCAGCCUGGAUAAUCUCUCCAGCCCUGUGGCAGAUAUUGCUGUGGAGUUGCUGCAGAAAGUGGCUCCCAGCCCUAUCCGCAGACUCCAGAAGAAAUACGUGUCUCAUGUAUCUCGGGAAGCUUGCAUCUCACCCUGCUCCAUGAUGCUGGCACUGGUUUACAUUGAGAGACUCCGGCACCGGAACCCCGAAUACCUCAAGCAAAUCUCAUCUUCAGACCUCUUCCUGAUCUCCAUGAUGGUUGCCAGUAAGUACCUGUAUGAUGAGGGUGAGGAGGAGGAGGUGUUCAACGACGAGUGGGGAGCAGCAGGGAAGGUGGAUGUCCAGACCAUGAACACGCUGGAGAUGAACUUCCUGAGUGCCAUUGACUGGAGUCUCUACACAGAUCCCCGGGAGCUGUUUGAAGUGCUGAGCUGGCUGGAAGGACGUGUGGCAGAAAAGCAGGGCAUGUGGCGUGGCUGGUUCACCUACACGGAUCUGUGUGUCCUCAUGGAGCAGUCUAUGUGGCAGCAUGUGCUGGGCCAGUUCUACCAGCAAGUGGUGAAGCUGGCCUGCCUCCUGGGUGUGGUGUACCUGACUGGGUUUGCUGCUGUCUUUGCCUCUGUCACCAUGGCGCACCGGUCUGUGUGCAUGAGGAGCGUCAGCCCUGCAGCCCCCCGGCCUGCGCUCUUCCCCGAGGAGGGCAGCUGCCAGCUGGAUGCCCAGCCAGCCCCAGCCCCUGAGCAGCCCCAGCCCGAGUUGCCUGACGUCUCUCCAGCUAGCAGCGCCCAUUGCCCAGGGGAGAACAAGACAACCGAGGAGCCGCGUCGAGGGGGUGUCACGGCGACCGCGCUCUACCUGUGGGGCAGCGUGAUGACGGCUCUGUCCUACCCAAAGGCACCUGAUCUAACCCAACACAGGAACCCCCUGCAAGGCCCCUUCCGGAGAGUACCCACUGCCUGUGAGAAGUCAAACCGUACCACCGCUGCUGCAGCCCCGAGCCAACCUGGCCCCUUUGGACUUGCCAUGCUCCCGGUUCCCCCGGCGCUCCACUGCCAUGCGUGCUCAGCCGGUGCAGGCCCCACGUGGGAUGCAGGCCCCAACCGCAAGGACUGGCUGGACCCCCUGGGGCUGAGGCAGUGCUCCUUGCACACUGCCAUGGAUCUCAGUAGAAUCAAGAGUUUCAUUUUUCCCAGCUAGGAGCAUGGGCCAGCAGCCCCUUUCCCCUUCCCUCCUAGUGUGGCACAACUCACUUCCUCGCACUUUGGGACCCCUAAUCCCUGGGGCUGCAUGGGGCUGGAGGCCCCUGCGUUACUUCCAAACCAGCAUUUGUGUGUUCCCCUCCCAGGGCAGGGGUGUCCUUCACUUUGGGGGCUGCUGGGACAGGUUGGGGCAGAGUUGGUUUGCUGUUGGGGUGCUGGGGUGGGAACCUACUAGUUGGAGUGUAGAAAUGGGGUGCUCUUGGGCUGGAGUGCUAGAGCAAGGGAGGUUGUUGUACCUCUUCCUAGAGCCAGUGGGUGGCCCUUGGUGGUGCUGGGCGGAGGUGGCAUGUGGGAUGUAGGAUGCUGGGGCUGUGUGUGCUGGGUGGAGGGGCUGGGCAGUGAUCCCAGGGGGCAGGGUGCUCCAGGAGGAGGUGGGGUGCCUGGGUUUAGGGGAGAGGAGGUUGAAGGAGGGGAGAGUGAGCGGCCCGAGCAGGCUGGCUGUAGCAGCAAUUGCCCUUGAGGACUGCCAGGCCACUUCUUGGGAGGUACAAGGGUCACACCAAGAGGGGACUGGGAUGUGGCUGUGCCCUGCUGGGCUUGGAGGUAGUGGGGUGUGGUUAAGGCUGAUCCUUAUCCUGCUUGUGUUGGGUGUUUUGAAAUUGGGGUGCUCUGUGACCCCAUCCCAAACCUCAGCUCUCAGUGGCUGUAAGCAAACAGUGCCUGACCGCUCCUCGGGGUGGGGAGAAGGCACCUUGUCCUGCUGACCAGCCCAGCUCAUUUUGCCCCUUCUUUUUACUGUGGAUUUUACACCUGUUUUUCACUCUUUUGUAGAUGCAAAUCUCUUCCAAUAAAAGUAGUUCUUGCUGUGCA